AUGUUCUGGCUGUUGAUGUGGUUCCUGCUGCUACUGAUCCUUUCCCGAGAGGGAUCUGCCAGAUGGGACCCCGAUUUCUUCAACAUGGUCUUGACGGUCGGCGACAGCAAUGUAUCAGGUCUAGGUCGACGACGCUAUGACAUUGUGGGGAUGGGAGCGGACGAAUAUCGGAGCGCGAAGGCGCACCGUACACUGGAUGCGAAUACGCCACAUAGACCACACUGCAGUCAAGAGACCUCGGUCGCGCGCCACCAGAGACUCGCCAAGCUGCUGCGCAGACGCCCCGGCAUGAUACAUUACAAUUGUCGAGGUAUCAUCAACCCGCUUCUCCCGCAUUUGGGAGCGACGAUCGUGCUGUCUGCUGAGUGCGUUGGGACAUACGAUGCAAACAGCCAACGACCAGCGACUACGGGAGGCAUAUCCUUUACCGCAGACGUGUCGGACGUCGUCUCACAAGCAACAAGCAACAGCUCACCGCAGACAGUCGACGGGGGACAGCUGGAGCCGUUCACGAUCCGCCGACAUGCGCAGCCAGACGAGCAACAGAACAUCAGAUUCGCAGGACAGCGCUCAAAAUAG